AUGCUUUUGAGUUUUGCUGAAGGAGGAGUUCUAGUUGUGAGACUUAAAAGAGGUCAUCCACUGCUUUGUUUUCUAAAGGCAAGACUCUGCUUCAGGAAUUGGAGCAGAGCUGGUAUUCCAUUAACCAACAUGGUCUCGGCAUCGGAGACUGUUCAUAAUAUAGUUGAAGAAAUUGCUUCAAGUGCUUUAAAAAGAGAGAGGCAGCCUUCUUGUCGUAAUGAUGGCGAUGGAAAGAAGGGUUUGGACCAGGGAUGGUGUACUGAUUGUUGGGUUUUUGGAAUUGGGAUUCUGUUCUGCUUAAGUGUCUACCAUUGUCAGACAGAUUCCAAAGCCAUGAGAGCUUCUGAUGCGAGGCUUAGAGGAGGCGAUCUGCUGGUAUUUGGAAGGGGUGAUGAGGAAAUGGAUUUUCUUCAACAACAAAGAAUUCAAUUCUUCUUCAAGCUUGAUGCUUUUCUGGUCACAGUCUUUUCAGAACUGAAGGAUCCUGCAGAUGAAGUUGCAUUAGCAACGUUAGUUUCACCAACAUUGGUCGUCAUUGGGAAGGUUGUUGCACUUUCAACCCCAAAAGCCACCUUCAGCACCUCUUCAACUAAUAUAAAUACCACCACCACCACCCCCUUCUCCUCCGCCACCCAUCCCCUUCUAUCCAACAUCGUAUUCUCCGCCUCAUUUGAAGAAUUCUCACAACCCCACCAAAGAGUAAAGAUGACAACAGUGAAUGUUCCCUCCCAAAGCCUGCUCAAAGCUGCACCCCAAAAUCGGUUUACCAGCACCAUCGUUAAGUGCCCAUCCUCACUGGGAUCAGUAAAGAGUGUCUCCAAGUCUUUUGGCUUGAAAUGCUCCCCCAAUUACAAAGCCUCAAUGGCAGUGUACAAGGUUAAAUUGAUUACACCAGAAGGCGAAGAGCAUGAAUUUGAAGCUCCAGAUGACACAUACAUCCUAGAUGCAGCCGAGAAUGCAGGAGUUGAGUUGCCUUAUUCUUGCAGGGCUGGGGCUUGUUCUACCUGUGCUGGCAAAGUGGAAUCAGGUUCUGUCGACCAGUCUGACGGUUCAUUCCUUGAUGAGAAUCAAAUGAAGGAGGGUUAUCUUCUGACUUGCAUUUCCUAUCCAACUGCCGACUGUGUGAUUCACACUCACAAGGAAGGUGAUCUUUACUGA